AUGAUUACUGACAAAGUAUCCAACAGACUCACUGGCGAGGUGGCAGCCGUAAAUGUCCCCCUCCAGUGGGAACAGGAGAUAGCCGAAGUUGUCCUGGAAGUCGACCCAUUACGUCAAUAUACAGAUAUCGAGCUGCAUGGUUUCUACUGGAAGGACUUUGACUAUGGUUACGAAGGGGACACAAAGUUUCACCUUCAAGUAAAGAUAAAUGCACAAGAACGUAAUGAUACAGGAGAACCAAACAACAGCCCUGUUGCGAUGUUUAAACCUACAUACAAAAUUCUCUUAAACAACGUAACAGUAAUCAAACUAUCCACCAUGGACAAGGAUGGGGAUUUUGUGCAAUGUCAGUUAGCAACGUUCAUAACUGCUGGUGGUCUGCCUCCACCACGUAACACGACCAUAAACAAGGACUGCAGCAUUGAAAUCACCGCCUAUGAAACUGAUCAAUUCUUCGAUCAAGGAUGGGGAGUGAUACCUGUUAAGAUCAGUGAUUUUAACAGGAAAGCUAUAAAACUCAAGGGGGAUCAUCGUCCGUUUGUUCAAGCUGGAUCACAGUCGCUCAGUGAUAUAACGGUUCAAUUCAUGAUACAGACUCUAGAAACCAUUGAGGCGCCGGAAUUUGUGGACCCUACAAAGAGUAGUCAACAUGUGUUCUACGUAUAUGCUGGUUCAACACUAAUUAUACCUCUCUAUGCUAAGCCAUAUGAUUCGAGCAAAAGUGAGAUUUCUUUCUUCAAUUUGAGAUCAAUUCCAAGGAGAUCUUUUCCUAUCCCACCACUGGAAUAUGAUGUCGGUCGCAAAAGUGAUGGCAUUAAGUACGCAGUGGUGAAAUGGCGUCCAGAGAGGAAAGACGUCGGAACCUAUGUCUUCAGUGCAUUGGUAACAGAUAACUUGGGGAUCGACGGACUUGACAGGAAUUACAACAUCAUUGUCAGAGACAUCAACUUCACCGCCCCUGAUGUUGGCACAGUGACUCGCCCCUUCUUUACAUUAUUCCCCAGCGAUAUUGUAAUACGGUGCCUACAGAAUUCAACAUGUUCUUUCCCUAUUUACUCGACAACUAAGCGUGCUGGAGGACGGAUAGCAUCUGUGAAAUAUACAACUUCGACUUUCAAGAACACCCUUAUUUCGAUGCCAGUCAAAGUAACCAAGAAUACACAAGAUAUGUUUGAGACUGAUGUAACAAUAACAUCAGACCAGGUUGGCGGACAAAAAAUAUGUUUUGAGGCGUAUGACGACCAAGGGACAAAGUCUGAGAAGAAAUGUCUUGGGGUCACAAUGGAAAUUAAUGAUCCCUGCAAAUUCGGUCCAUGUGUGAACGGCUUAUGUAAGAGCAACGGAUCUACCUUCGAAUGUACCUGUUCCAGAGGAUACAGCGGUCGCUUAUGUGAUAUCGAUGUGGACGAAUGCGCAAGCAACCCUGCCAAAACAGCGGAACCUGUGCCACCAGCGAGCUCAUGAUGGGUAUCUACUUCUGUUACUGCUCUGGGGGAUUCACAGGAACAAGCUGUGAAA